AUGGUUGCAUCCGCAAAUGGACAUGACAAAAUAGUAGAGUUGCUUAUCAACGGCGGAGCUGAUAUUACUUGUGCGGAUAAAGAUGGAUGUGAUGCUUUAAUGCUUGCUUCACAAAAUGGACAUGACAAAGUAGUAGAGUUAAUUAUCAACGGCGGAGCUGAUAUUAAUCAUGUGCAAAAAGAUGGAUGUGAUGCUUUAAUGUUUGCAUCAGAAAAUGGACAUGAGAAAAUAGUAGAGUUACUUAUCAACGGCGGAGCUGAUAUUAAAACUGUGAGUAUAAGAGGAUACAAUGCUUUAAUUCUUGCAUUGCGUUAUGGAUAUGCUAAUAUUGCGGACGUGUUGAUCAAAUACGGAGCUGAUGUAAACCAUGUGCAUAAAGAUGGAUGGGAUGCUUUGAUGUUUGCAUCAGGUAGUGGACUUGACAAAAUAGUAGAGUUGCUUAUCAAUGGCGGAGCUGAUAUUAAUCAUGUGGAUAAUGAUGGAUGGGAUGCGUUAAUGACUGCAUCAAAAAAUGGACAUAACAAAGUAGUAGAGUUACUUAUCAACGGCGGAGCUGAUAUAAAUCAUGUAAAUAAUCAUGGAUGGGAUGCUUUAAUGCUUGCUUCACACAAUAGACAUGACAAAGUAGUAGAGCUACUUAUCAACGGCGGAGCUGAUAUUAAUCGUGUGGAUAAAGAUGGAAGGGGUGCUUUAAUGUUAGCAUCAGGAAAUGGACAUGACAAAGUAGUAGAGUUACUUAUUAACGGCGGGGCUGAUAUUAAACUACUUCAAGCAGAUGGAUGGGAUGCUUUAAUGCUUGCUUUACAAAAUGGGCAUGAAAAAGUAGUAGAAUUACUUAUCAACGGCGGAGCUGAUAUUAAUCGUGUGGAUAAAGAUGGACGGGAUGCUUUAAUGCUUGCAUCAGACAAUUCACAUGACAAAAUAGUAUAUUUAUUACUCAAACAUGUUUUGUUAUCACAAGUCAUUGACCAAUAUAACGAUAUGGAUUUUACUAACUUCAAUCGGCAAUAUCUCAGUGCUACUAAAAAACUGUGCUUCACUGUAUAUUUACUACACAUAUUAUUUCACGCUUUUGAAAGGAAAUACUUGAGAAUACUUGAAACAAUAUCUUCUUUUGUCGAUGAAAACUGUAAUGAGCCUGAGACAACAUUGCAAACAAAAUUUUUUUUUUUCCAUCUUUCACGAGCAUUAAAACAAGAUGUACGACAGGACACCAAUACAGAACCGAGUGAAGCUGCCGUCAGUGAACAAAGCAACUCAGAUUUCAACAAAUUUAAGAAAUCCAUUGAUUGCUAUGUAAAGACUGUUCGUCUCUCUCACAACAAUCAGACACCAAGCUUUGAUGAAUUAAAGGAGUUUGCUUCUGAUGUUAUGUUAGAGUUUUCUAACAUGAGAGUCUUUGACGCUUCACAUUUCUUCAUUUGUCAGAGGUGUUUGAAGAGAAUUUACUUUGCUCUAAAUGAGGAAGAUGUACUAAAGUUUUUCACAUUACUCUUGGAUUUUAACUAUUUAGAUAUAACAUCGAGAUGUUUAAAAGAUGAAAAACUUCUUGAUACAACAGCUCCAGGUUUUACGUUGACUUUAAUUCGGGAUAUGCUGAGUCUAUGGAUACGUGGUAGUCAUGCUAGUACUGAGUUUGCUUUGAUUUUGGCCGAGAUGGACGCUGUAGAGACAUUUACAGAUUUCCUCAUCUCUCAUACAAACGUGCAGAACUCCCAAUCUAAAUGGAUCAUCAGUGAAGUUGUUAUCAUUUUACAUAACAUUGCCAGAAGAAAGGGAGCGAAUAUGUUUUUCUCAGUAAACAAAACAUACGAUGUUAUUAAAAACAUGGAGUUUAAAGAAAAAGACACAUCUAUGAUUGCAACACUUUUACUGGUACUAAUAGAAGACGAUUCUACCACAGAUACGGAGGCAAUAAGAAAGUCAAAACGUUCUCUGAAAGAAACUUUAAUGCACUAUGUUACAAAUAAUGAAGAAGAGGAGCUAGAGGGAUAUUCACGAUCUGAGGUGCUUCAAGGGCUGGCUAAAAUCUUUGAACAAAAUGACGACGAGUUGAAUGAGAUGCUUCCACUGUAUCCACAUCUAAAAGAAAUACUAAAAAAUGAGGAUCCUGAUGAACAAAUAUUUACGACACAAUGUUUGAGAGAACUGAGUAGAAAUAAAGAGGGAAGUGAGAAAAUCAUUACAGACGAAGAAUUAAAUGACAUGUUACUAGUUUUAAUGAACAGACAUGAUGGGGAUCUUUCUGCUAACGUACAUUCGAUACUUUGGAGAGCUGGACGUACAACAGGGAUAUUGCCAUCUAAAACAGAUGUUGUGCUGUCUGAUGAGUUCCCCAAGAAAUUUGACGUUAAACCAAUGUCGUUAGGUCAAGGAGGUUUUGGUAGCGUCCAUCUUGUUGUUGAUGUUGAUCAACCAGAAGAUGAAAAAUUUGUUGCAAAAAAAACACACGCAGACGCGAAGAACCAAAAGAAGUGGAUGGAGAGCUUACAAUCAGAGGCUUCAAUUUUAAUUAAACUGAAACACAAAAAUAUCGUCCAGUUUCAUGGGUAUCAAAGGAAAGAAAAUGAUAUAAUCUUAUUUCUGGAGUACAUAAAAAUGGGCACCCUCUCCACAUUCAUCAAACAACACACAAGACUCAAUGAAGGUUUGACCAGACAGUUUACAAUUCAAAUUCUGGAAGGCGUGAAGUACCUACAUGAAAACAACAUCUUGCAUUUGGACAUCAAAGGUACUAACAUUCUAAUGUUGGACGAAUCAAGUAUUAAACUUACUGACUUUGGCCUGUCAACAAUCUAUAACGAGGAGGGUGUUGAAGCAGAAAGGGGCACAACUCGAUAUAUGGCUCCUGAGAUGAUUAACUGCCCUGAUGGGAGAAUAUUUAAACAUUGUUGUAGCUUGGACAUUUGGAGUGUGGGAAGUACAGUUGUAGAGAUGAUAACUGGAUCACCACCAAACUCAACAACGGCAUCAGCCAAUGUACUUUUUAAAAUCGCUAUGCUGCAGAGACCAAAGUAUGAGCUGUCAAUCACAGCGUCAAAAAACCUGAGAGAUUUUUUAGAAAAGACAUUUACACCUGAGGCAGAACAAAGGCCAUCAGCAGAAGAUUUAUUGAGAGAAGACCCGUUUAUAACAGGCAGUUCAUAAAUGUUUACUAUAAUUGUUCAAUAUGUGCUUGUUACUACAAAAAAUUAUUAGCCAUCUUUUUUGGAUAUAAACUUGUGCUGUUCGAGGAUAUGAAAAUGUCAAAAAUAUGUAGAAUAAAUAUUAAGUUAAUCCGUAAACAAGUAAAACUUUUAAAUGCAAAUGUGUUUUUCAAAUUAAAAUUAGCAAUUUACAAUGAAAAACAAUAGGUAUACAUUUUUGGGAUAUGUCUACUGUGAGAAUAUAUCUUUAUUAACCUAGUUUAUGAAACUAGUUUAGCCACAUUUUGCAACUAUAUUUGUAAAUAAAGCAGAACUUCUGCAAAUUUAUACAUUAAAAUCAAAAUCAAAACAAUAACUAC